AGUGUUACUAAGCUACUAACUCCUUUAUUUCUUGAGUCAUUUGUUGUUAUGGCAUUUGAUGAUCGUGGCUUGGAUUCUAAUGGUUCCCAACUUAAAAGUAAUCUAAGUAUUGGAGCUGAGGAAUCAAAACCUUUUACAGAGGAGACGACAAAGUCACAUGUAAAUGUAGAGAGGCAUGUUCCUGAAGAAUUUGGAACGAGUGAGCCAGUUUUGGAGCAGGGUGGUAUUGUUCUAAGUGGGGGGCUCAUUGUCUUUAUAUUCUCGAGAAAUCCUACUACUCUACUCUUUGGAGGUGCUCUGCUAGCGCUGAGCACCUUCAGCUUGAAGAUAUGGAGUCAAGGAAAAUCAAUUCUAGCAGGAGUCUUUCUGUGGAAGAACAUUGAGGCUUACUCAUUGACAAGGAAGAUAUUUCCAGCUGGGUUUUAUGCUGCCAUAAGUGCUGCAAUGCUGUCUUUCUAUAUAUAUGUGGUGAUCUCUGGUGGAAGCCCAGCUCCUAAGAAGUUGAAGCUGGGUGCCAGUGAGCAAUCAUGACCACAGCUCGUAGAAGUGGUCCAACUUUAAGGAAGUGAGGAUCCUUUGCGUUAAUCUUAUAUCAUGAUUUGAACAGCUUGUUACGGUUGAACGAGGGCUAGAUGCUUUGUCUAGUAAAUGCAGUCUGCGAGU